CCCAAAAGAGGAAGAGCAGAGAACUUUUGUUUUCUUCAGAGUUUAAUGAAGUUGGCCUGGUCACUCAAGAAGGGAUUAAAGGAGAAUUUAGUGUCACUGAGCUGUGACUGCUGAAGAGGGAACUCAAGCGUUCAGGUCACUGUGUGAACAGGAUGGUCUCAGUUCAGAGCUGCAGCAGGAGGAAUAUGGCUGGUUCUCCUCCUGCUUUACCAGGCUUCGGGAGCUCGGGAAAGAGUUUUCUCAUUGACAAUCUGCUUCAGGCAUCUUCAGCCCAUUCAGAAGGAACAACGGGUACACACCUAAGACAUGCAGCAUGUGAACAUCCGAGGAGAAGCUGGGGCCUUGAGCAGGGAGCCUACCAAAGUCAGGCCCAGAGUCCACAGCAGGUGAAAGACUUGGGACCACUUCUGCCACACUCGGGUGUGCCGAGCAGUGUUUUCUUGCGGAGCCCGCAGUAUCUGCUGGCAUGCUGCGGUGGGUCCAGCCCCCCUCCUGUCUUCUCCAAGGGAGCAAAUAUUCGAAUGUGGUCUGCUGAUAUAAGCCCAAAAUCCCGCAGAGGGAUCCUUAGGAGGGCUGUGUUCUCCGAAGAACAACGGAAAGAGCUAGAGAAAACUUUUCGGAGACAGAAGUACAUCAGCAAGACAGACCGGAACAAACUGGCAGCUGAUCUCAGUCUAAAGGAGUCACAGGUGAAGAUCUGGUUCCAGAAUCGCAGAAUGAAAUGGAGAAACUGUAAGGAGAAGGAGGUACAUAAUACUCGCUCACCGAUGGAUGAGCUCAUGGCCCAAGGUCUUGCUCAGGAAGAGGAAGAACCAUCACAGAAUCACACUAAUGCAAAAACAGAGAGAUCACUGCCACAGAAGAGUGUCAGGGACACAUGAGGGGCUAUAAUGAGUGGAAAGUAAACCAGGGACUUUCUCACCUCCACAAAAGCCUCAAAAAAGGCCACAGUACUGGGGGGGUUGUUUAAAAAUAUAUGGAUGGAAUACUGUCUGUGAAAACUAACACUGAUAAUAUUAACUUUUCAGUCAAUGCAUGUAACUCUUUUGAUGCAUCAUAAAUAUAAUUAGGUUCAACUGCUUGGUCAAUCCUCUUAUUGUGUUUCACUGGCUUCAGUAAGCAGGUUCAUGGUCAUUACACUGACAAGUCUUUCUAGGAAAGAUUCCCACUCUCCGAUUGUAAUUGCAAUCAGUUAAAGGCAAAAAUGAGUCAUUCAUUUACUGCAUUUACAAAUCAGACUUUCUUUCCGAUAUUACGUGUUUUGGUAAGCUUUACACUAACACUGCUAUUCUCAUAAUCCAGAUUGUUUUUGAAGUCCAGUUUCUUUUGGUAUAUUUUGUAUAUAUUUUUUCACGAUCUUGAAUGCAUAGAUCAGCUGUAAAUAAAGUGUUUCAGUGAAUCAAGA